GUGAGAGCGAGCGCGUCGCGUGCGGAGGACUGAGGCGGGAGUUGGCCUCUCAGGGGCCGCCCGGAGGAGCCCCACGCGGCCCGGCGGGGAAGCCCGAGCGUCCCCUCCUCUCCCCUCCGCCGCCUAUGGUGCCCCCGAGCGCGCCGUGAGGCGAGGCGAGGCGGCCGGAGCUGGGGCCGGCCCCCGCGGCGGAGCAGGGCGCCCCAGGAUGAAGCUGACCACUCAGGCCUACUGCAAGAUGGUGCUGCACGGAGCCAAGUACCCGCACUGCGCCGUCAACGGGCUGCUGGUGGCCGAGAAGCAGCCGCCCCCGCCCCGCAAGGACCAGCAGCCCCACGGGCAGCCGCCGCCCCACACCCUGUUCGUGGACUGCAUCCCCCUCUUCCACGGCACCCUGGCCCUGGCCCCCAUGCUGGAGGUGGCGCUGACGCUGAUUGAUUCUUGGUGCAAAGAGAAUAGUUACGUGAUAGCUGGAUAUUAUCAGGCUAACGAACGUGUGAAAGAUGCCAGUCCAAACCAGGUCGCUGAAAAGGUAGCCUCCAGGAUUGCAGAGGACUUUAGUGACCCAGCACUCAUAAUGGUGGAUAACACUAAAUUUACGAUGGAGUGCAGAGAACCUGCCAUUCAUGUGUAUGAGCAUCAUGAAAACAAAUGGAGAUGCAAAGACCCACAUUUUGAUUAUUGUGAAGACUGGUCUGAAGCCCAGAGGAUUGCCACAUCUCUCUUGGACAGCAAAUCCUAUGAAAUCCUUGUAGAUUUUGAUAAUCACCUUGAUGACAUCCGGAAUGACUGGACAAACCCAGAGAUCAACAAAGCUGUCCUACACCUAUGUUAGGGAGGCUUCCACUGACUGAUUUAUGGGCAUUUCCACUAUGCUGAAGAUACUUUACAAAAAUAUUUUUGAAUGUAAAUAGAGUUAUCUUCAGUACAUUCUGGGGAACGCCAACAGCAGAUUUAUAAAGAACGGCAUGUCACUUGGAAAAGGUAACGUGCCCAGAAGCAGUCAAAUCUUUUUAAUGAGAAUCCUUAGAAGAAAUACAUACUGUCAGUUAUAGCCAUCCUUGUGGAUUCCUUCCCAGAUGUAGUGAUUGUUGCUAUAACCUUUAAAACCAGAACUACUUCUGCUUGUCCAAAUUAUUCAUAUUAAAAAGUUUUGACUAACCUUUUAUAAUCUUUAGAGAGAGUAAUUUUUAAAGAUUUAUAAAAUAUCUUUCAAAAAUGAAUCUUGUCCUUAAAUGAGAUGUUUUUAAACUCUAAGUCACAAAUAUGUAAACAAAAUCCAGUGAUAACUGGUCUUUUGACCUGGUUCUUAACUGGUAUUAUUGAUGCAGUAGAAUAAUGCUAACUGCUAAAGAUUAUACUCUGUGCACAUACUGCAUUUGUUCUGCAGCAGUUUAGCAUAUCAUAGCUACAGAAUAACAUAUACUGAAAGCAAUAUUCCAAAUGCUGCAGAGAUUCCCAACCAUGCUGGGACUACAACCACAGUUGUUACCUAAGAAAUAGUUACAACCAAGGCCAAAACAAAUCUUAACUUUAUGAUUUGUGAAAAGGACUUAAAGCACAUUAACGAUUUUAAUCAACUACAAGGCUCUGUAGGAGUUGAGAAAACAAGAGAAGAGUAAAAUGCCAUCUUGUUUAUAUGCAGUCUUUCUAUCUGGAUUUUAAACAGAUAAUCUUAAUUCUGAGCUGAUUCGCACACUGUCCAUUCAAAUAGGACUGAAAUGUACCUAUCUGUAAAUUAAAGGCAACUGAUCUGUCUUUAGCAUAUGGAUCAAAGGAACCUUGGAACACUCUAGUUCAUCUUAAAUCGAUCUGUCUAUCUAAUUAAUAUCUGUUUCUAACAGAAGUUUACCAGUUGAUGGAGAAGCUUUAUAGCAGAAUUUGUUUUGUCAUUUUUAUAUGUAUUAUUUUGUACCAGGUACACCAGAUGCAUAGUACCUUACCUUCUGUCUCUCCUUUAACUAUGUUACUGUAGAACUGCUAACAACUUAAUUUGGUGAACCUAAUGAACUUGAAAGGAUAAAUUUUAUAUCAUUCAAUACUUUUUAACAGUAACAACAAAUGGAAGGAAAAUGCUUUAGCUGACCAACUGCUAUUGUAGCUUGUCCCUCACCACCUGAAAAUAAACUUGAUGACAGGGGAAUGUCAAUCAGAUACUUUGUGGCAUCUUUGGUGGCAUUGGGUGAGGAGAGAAGCAGGUAAGGAGGAAAGGAGUGCAAGAUAAGUAGACUCAGUUAUUGGCUGCAUAGUGCAGUUAAUGCACUAACUUGUCUUUGACCUUGAAAGACCUGAGUUCAGUUCUUAAUUAGAUCAGAAAUUAAGAGAAUUUGAUCUCUUGCUCAUAGGAAAUAUUUGGUACACACACAUGUUGCAACAUAGUUCGCUCAAAGUCUUUUCCUAAGAUCCCUACUGAAACAAACCCUUUACAAUGAAGAUCCAGAUGCAGUAUUUAUCUCCUAAUUUUUUGCUUUUUUCUUACAGCAAACUUUUGAAACUUGUGCAAAAAGUAAGGGAUGAGAUUUUCAAAACCACUCUUGAGUUGACCGUGGUGUGCUCCUAUUAAAGUCGACACAAGUUUUACCGUUGAUAUAAAUGGGAACAGAAUUAAGGCCAAAAUCCCACUCUAAAGUAAUAGUUCUUAUGAAUGAGGAUUACAGAAAUUAGUACUUCCUUUGUUUCACAGUGAUGAUAAAUUAGUUUGGAGAAGGAUGAAGCAGACAUCAUUUGGGGAAGUAAAAUGCUGAAUAGUCAUUGCUGAACAAGUGAAACUGAACUCUAACUGACAACCAGUGAACCGUGCUGCUAUUCCACAGAUUUAAAUAUACUAGCUAGUGGAGUGUUCCCAGCAGUACAUGUACAGAAAAAAACAUUACCAGUCAUGCACAUUGUAUAAACAGAGCGUUUCAAGAUGGUUGCAGAAUAUAAGGCAAAGCCUAUGACAUGCUAUUCUUUCCAAGGACAGAUGUUAUUGUUUGCCCCUUUUUGACCUGAGUGACUAGUCAAAGUUUAUGGCCCUGUGCGUGAUCCAGCUGGGAGCAGAAUUUGGUGAUAGUCGGGUUUUUCUUCAAUGCAGUUUUGUUUAUUUACAAAGACUGUACAAAGUUCUGUGUCUCUGAAUGCAGAAGGGAUCAAAUAACAGGAAACAGCUUCUUUUGUUCACCAAGAGCAGCCUUUUCACCCUGCACCCUGACCCAAAAAAAAGUCUCCAGGUUUUUUCCAGGGUCCAGCCACAUGUUUUCAGCUGCUUCUUCAGUCUGUCUCAUUCUGUUCUCAGUGUGUGUGUUAUCUCCUGCCAACGCGCACACAGUCACAAUAUCCAGUUGAACCAUCUGCCCACUUGGUGCUAGUUUCUGAGCAGACUAUUAGGCUCUGCUUCAAGGAUGGCCCCUUAACUGUCUCUUACAAUUGACUUAAACGGGGGGUUCAUUCAGAGAUCAGUUUAGAGGUAUAAACUGAACCCAUAACAAAGUUUCACUUAAUGUUAUCAGUUAUCCUAACAAGCCACUGGGAAUUGAACUGGUUACACGAAGAGUCAUUAAACAGCAUUGAAAUACAAGCUGGUAUUUCUUUGAAGCUACAGGAAAUGUAUUUCUCAUUCUUCCUAACUAGAUGUCAUGUAAUCAAGUUUUUGGCCACAUAUGCAUUCACACACACUAAUUUGUUCUGUCAGAUACUCAGCUCUUAUCCAGUUGAGGCUUCCCAAAAUGCUAAAUGUUUUGUAAAGAUCAGUUUUUUGUAGUUGUAAAAUAAAAUUAACUCAAAGCAAAAGUAUCAUCGGGGGCUCUAAUCUGAUAGAAAAGAUAAAUGCUUUUGCUGAGCAGCGUAUUGUUAAACAUUGAGACUUUGCUGGAAGGGACAGGAGAGAAGCACCAUAUGAAAUCCUCCCCUCCCACCUCUCCCUCUUUUGUUUACUUGUAGGUUUCUAGUGAGGUCCAUUGGACAUAAUGCCCACCAAUAAAGCCAGAGGCUGAUUUUAAACAAACAAAGGGCAGGUGCAGCAGGGCACCAAUGAGACUUGCCCUGUCACCUGGACAGUUUCCAUUCCACCCCUUUUAUUUGCGUUGAAAGCUGGACAAAAAGUUAUAAAGGCGAACCUUGGACUUGCUUUGAUUUGUGUUGGUUGCAUGCAUAAGGAAGAGAGGAAGCAGGUAAUCUCUGUGAGGACGGAUGUUGAUCUUGCUACAAAUCUAGGUCACUGAUCUCUAUGAGCAGCUGUAUAUUUCUUGGCUUGGGCAGCAACUGCAUUAAAGGAAUGCAAGGUAA